AUGGAUCUCGCGGAAACCAUGAAAAAUGUCUUAGCCAAAGGUAUACAACAGACGUCAGUGAUUGACUUGCCUUCAGCAGCGGGUUUGGGGUUCCCUGGAACUGGUUAUGUUACUGAAAAAUUGUACAUGCUACUCCAGUUGUAUUUGCAAAAUAAGGGAUGGAACCCUUCUGUGGAGCUCCUGCAGUGUUUUACAGAACUGAAAGAAACCUCUAUGCUUCCUAGUGCUGCAUACUUACAAAUGAUGGCAUCGAGAGUAACACUUGAUUCUCAGGGUAGGCUGAUACUUCGCGAAAAUGGGAAAAUCAUUCUACCUUUUGAACAUUUUGCUAAUGCUGUUAUGUUAAAGCAUAUGAACGGGCCUCACGGCUUGCAUUUAGGCAUCGAAGCCACCGUUAGAGCCGUUAUGGAUUCAUACACAAUUGGGAGGGAGAACUUUGGUAUGGAAAAAGAGUUUAUAAUCGAAGUGGUACAGAACUGCCCCAACCCAGCUUGUCGUUAUUACAAGAACCAGAUGGAAUUGACGCAGAAGACUUUACAGCACCUGGCGCCAAGUUAUCUAAGUGAAGCUCAACCCAACAGCGCCGACAUCAGGAACAGAUUAUCUGCGGUGGACUUGACUGGACAGAACAAUUUAGACGCCAAACCGAACCCGCCGAUGUUGGACAGGCCAAAAUCGGUGGCACCGACUCAGCAGCAGAUCACAGCGGCCCUAAUUCAGCAACAGAACCGAGUCAUCGCACAGCAAAACAUCGACAAGCUCAACGCAAACCUAGAGAAGCAACGGCAGCAGAUGCAGCUGCAGCAGCAGCUGGACAUGGCCAAGGGGCAGCAGAAGCACUUCGAGUUGCCUUUGAUGGACCACAAAUUGACCGAUUUUCUCAGGACGAACUUGGAAAGUUUAGAAGGCUUAUCGGCAGCUAACAAAGACUUACUUGCUCUGCACAACGGGGCCUGGGCACCUGCCGCUGGUAUGUCGGGUGUUACAGAUAGCAAGAGCAUCGCCGAAGGGGGGCAGGAAAAAAUAAUUCGCGCCUUUGGUGAGGUCAUGAAGAAUAUGAACAGGAUGAAGACUUACGUGCGUCCCGCUAUGUGUAAACCCUACGGAAAACAGUCCGAGGCUUUGCAAAAAACUCUUAUGGACACCAUCCAACUGAUACAGUCCCUGCGCAGUUUUCUGCCGCCGCCGCACAUCCAGGUCAGUUCCUGGAAGAACGAGGACAAGCACCGCUAUGAGGAGUCCUAA